AUACCUACUGGAUUUGAUUGCAAGGUCACUCUGACCACACCACAAUCUUGUAGUAGUACUUUAGUUUGAAUACUGCUCCUGUUUCAAUAAAUUUACGAACGAUGUCUUCUCAAACGCAAUCUGGAGAAAAUGUAGGAGAAUGUAAAAAAGUGGAUUUGACCACAAAACUUCUACCUACUGUCGCUCGGGCUGUUAAACUAUCUCAAGAACUUCCCGUAUCAAACACACCUGCUUAUAUUUACUACAAUGACUUUCCUCAGUAUAAGGCUAUAGCAGCUGGACAAUCUAAAAAGAUUCUUUCGAUCCUACAAAAUAUUCUCGAUGUUUUAGAUGCGAAAGCUAACAUUUUAGAUGUUCCAGUGACUAAAAGUAUGCACGAGAAAUUCACCUCUAUUAUUGAUGCUAACGAUCGGAUAUUGGAAAAAUUGGCGAUGGCCAUGGAUUUUGAAGAAGAUCCUCAGCGUAAAGCAUUCUUUCUUAAAACAAGGUCUGAAGACCUGGUGGUUGCCGUUCAUCGAAAAAACACAACAUCUCUUGAAUGGUUAAAAACGAAAAAUUCAAAUGAAGAAACUAAUGAGGGAGUUGAUUUUUCGGAAAAUUCACUAAAACUUUUAUCCUCAAAACAUAUUGUCAGACCACAAACAUCUUUUUCCACUCCACCAGACAAUUCAUACUCAUCGUUUCGACCGAAAAUAAAAUCAAAACCAAAUUGUAUUCAACCACUUCCUGAAUUAUUAUCCAACAGUAAUGGAGAGUUGACGGAUUAUCCUCAUCCAUACAAAGCAGAAUUAGAAGCGUUUGCCAAUAGUCUACCUAAUUUGAAUGAAAUGAUGUCGGAAGAUUUUCCAGUGAAACCUUUGGAUUCAUCAUAUCAGUAUGUUGACACACCAGAUACUCUUGAACAAAUGAUGAAAUCCCUUUCCAUGUGUAAAUAUAUUGCUGUUGACUUGGAACAUCAUAGCUAUCGAAGCUUCUUGGGCAUUACAUGUCUAAUACAAAUGAGUACAUUGGAUACUGAUUACAUUAUCGAUGCAUUGGCUCUACGUGAUCAUUUGUCAAUAUUGAAUGAAGUGUUCACUGACCCGAAAAUCGUUAAGGUGUUUCAUGGAUCCGAUUCUGAUUUAAUGUGGUUACAACGAGAUUUCGGUGUGUAUAUGGUCAACUUAUUCGAUACAGGCAUAGCUGCUCGCCUGCUACAAUAUGGCCGUUUCUCACUUAGUUAUCUAUUACAACGAUUUGUUGGCGUAUCUUCGAAUAAGAAAUAUCAACUAGCUGAUUGGCGUAUAAGACCCCUGCCGAAUGAAUUGAUCGAAUAUGCACGAACAGAUACACAUUACCUAUUACAUAUUGCAAGUCGUAUGUGUCGAGAAUUACAAGAUAGAGAUCUAUUGCCAGUUACUAUUGAACGAGCAAGACAAUUAUGCCUUAAAUGUUAUACGAAACCUGUAUUCAAUAGACUCGGUUAUUUGGAUCUUUAUAGACAAACUGGAAGUAGUAGUUUCAGUCAUCGUCAAUUAUAUGCUUUAGAAAAUCUUUAUGCUUUACGUGAUUCGAUAGCUAGACGAGAAGAUGAAAGUCUCCAUUAUGUCCUACCAAAUCAUAUGUUAAAAGUAAUUGCUGAAGUAUUACCACGUGAAAGCUCUGGUAUAUUUGCAUGUUGUAAUCCCAUUCCUCCACUGGUGCGUAAAUAUGUUCACGAUUUGCACAAGAUCAUAGUGGAUGCAAGAAAUUUGCCUGUUACAGAUUUACCUCUCACUUCUGAAGAGCCAGGAUUAUCUUCUACACAACCAAAUUUACAACAAGAAAAUGACAAACGAUCAUCUGUAAAUAUACUAACUCCGCAAAACUUAAAAUAUGCUUUGCCUCAUGAUUAUUCUCGUGAAAUUCAUUUACUUGUAAACAGUCCAGAUUAUAGUGAUGUCACUUGUAUAGAGUUAUCAACUAAUAGGAAAUCUUCAAUGUUGGCAUCAGCCUUACUACCGAAUCAUUGUCUAGCGGGAGUUAAAGUUAAUGAACAACAGGAAAUGAAUGAGACUUCGGAAAACAAACAAUUCAAGGAUAAAUUUCUUGAUCCUAAUCAUUUAUUACUUAUGAAGCUGUUGGAACUACUUAAAUUCCCAUGUUCUCCACUUACAACUGAAUAUAAAUCGUCUGAAGAUACAAAUACCUCUGUUCCAACUGUUGUCUCACAACAAACAAUGUUACAAGAAUCCUCUGAUACGCUAAACACAUCUGAACACCUAAUCAAAGUGGAUGGUGAUACAACUCAAGAUAGUUCGUGUAUGAAUGAUAGUCAAUAUUCUAUUGCUUCUGAUAAUGGAUAUUCCAACAAAUUAAAACGACCACACAACAGUGAAAUCAUUGUUAAAGCAACACCCAACUUCGGUGAUGAUGAAGUGGUUCUUUUAUGUAAUGAAAAAACAAACACCAAGGGUAAAAGACGCAGGAAAACUUAUGAACAACAAAAAUCAACACUGCGACAGGGUAGCAAUUCUAGUCAUCAAAUCAAUCCCAAUAAAAAUAUGGAAAUGGAUGAUGUAUCCAUUUUAAUUAAAUGUGAAUCUAGUCCUGAACAAUUAGAAGAUUCUUCAGCUGACUAUACAUCGUUCUUCAACACACCACCUGUUGAAUCUUCAACAAAUGGUGCUUCAAAGAAGAAAAAGCGACCAGUGAAAAAGUUUAAAGAAUUUCGUGUAGUAAGUUGGCGAUAUCAUAUUUAUUCAAUGUUGAUGUUGCGUAUUUAUUUUGUUUUAUUAUUCUAUUUUUUAAAAUAUUAAUUUGGUUUAUUUUUGUGUUUGUGCACCCAUAUCUAUUCGAUUUCAAUCAGUCAUGUUUGAUUGUUUCAUCAAGAAGAUUCACAAAAUAUGUUUGCCUGAUAUUUGUAUAUUUUCUAUUUGAAGAUAUCUUAAUGCUGUAAAAAAAGAAAGCUGAGUACAAUGCAGUUACUAUUAUUAUUUAUGGGUUGUAUUCAUCACAGAUUGAUCGCAUCUCAUAUAUGAGACUAAUUCUCAUCGAUAGACGCCCAUAACACCACCAGAAGAUAAACUUGAAAGAUUUACAUCUAUCAAUAAACGUUUAACCAUUAGUAUCGCUACGUUGGAGUCCAAUAACAUUAAUAUCAAUAUACAUAUCAAUAAAUAUAAUCUACACGAUAAACCAAUCUCCACAAAACCCUUUCAAUCAUACUAGCGUUAUUAUUAUUAUUAAUGUUGUAUGGCACAUGGUUUCACACGUUCAACUCUAAAUAUCAUCUUUUGUUUUUGUAAUCACCUAUCAAAUUACCUGUUUAGCGUAAGGCAUAAAAUAGAUUUGAACCUGUUACAUAGUUGUUCAAAAUUCGUGAAUUGACUGAAGUGUGAAUACCAGUCUAAAAGUUAAGCGUUUCCUUGUAGGCGUAAUUGUACUUAGUUUGAUCUCUAGUGAAUUCGUUAGAAAGUUGUACACUAAGAUGAAAUAGCUGUUCAUUUCUUCCUGGCUUUUCAUGGUUGGUCAUUCAAGGAUAAUUUAUAAUGUAAAAUCACAAUGAUCAGUUUAGUGUAUUCAUAUGACUUUUUGCAAUGGUGAUUCUGUUUUUUUUUUAUUUCUGAAACUGAUAUCAAUCUGUCGAGUUUUAUUGAUUUUGAAUACUGCUAAAACAACAAUCAAAGCAGUUUCAUGAAUGUAAUUAUUUUUCAAAAUAUUUUUUGGUAAUAAUAAGGAAGGUUCGGGAGUUAUCCUGAAUGUUCUUUGAUUACGCCGCUGUUAUAUCUUUAUAAACAAUUAUUAUAAGGUUUCCGUACGUGAGUUUUAAAUUGAUUUCUACUUAGGAACGAUCGAGAUAGUUCAAAUACAAAUGGAAUUAUUUGUUCACUUGACAAGACGCAAACGACUGACACAUAACAGUGCAACAAUAAUCGUCAACGGUGAAACCCAAGAGUAAGGCACUCGAUGUUUGACAAAGGAUAGUUUGAAACAGAAUAACUCUGUAUAUAUAAUCACAGAACAUGAUGUUAGGAUAUACAAUAAAAAUGGUAGCCACCAGUCAGAAAGUAGC